AUGAUGUAUCCAUAUCAACCAUACUACCAGUACUACCCGUACCAGGGCUACCAGCAGCAUCCAAAUCCUCAGCCAUACCUGUCUUAUCCAUAUGAGCAACCUUCCGUGGAUCCUCUUCCCCCACAGCCCAUGCUCCCGUCGAACUUAUUUUCGCCCUAUGUUCCAGCGGUUCCUUCUAUGCCACUGUCGCAGUCUAUGGCACCAUCGCCUAUGUUGAGACAGUAUAUUGCCAACAUGCCGGUGCCCCAGCAGCCACAAACUGCUCCACAAUCGCCAUAUCUCACCCCGCUUAACAACAACAAUAGCUUGGACCAGCUCAAUCUCUCACGCACGGUGGUGCUCAAGAACAUUGACAAGGAAGUGUCGCUUAACCAGCUACUUGGUGAAAUUGACCAUGGGCCCAUUGAAUACUGUAAGAUGUUCGAACGCCCAGCCCCGAAGCAUAUCACCGAUUGCGACACCGUCAAGUACUGUUACAUUUCAUUCAUCAACUCAAAAGUUUCUAUUUGCUUCCACUUGAAAUACUCCAAGAGCAAUUACAAUCUCACCAAGUUAAAAGAGCGCCUUAAUGACUCUAAGCACCUUAAGAUUCUUCUCAAUGAGACGUACCAGAAUCAGGGUGGUAUAGGCGGUCGCAGCACCAACAAACAAGACUAUAUCAAGCUCAAAACCCUCAAUUACAUCAUGGAGUUCAACGCCACUCGUUGUGUACUUAUCAAGUUUGAUGUGUCUCCUGCUUUCUCUGAAAAUGAUCUCGAAUUUAACAGUCUCAAAACUAAUGUCAAAGAAACCUGCUCCAAAUAUGGCGAGGUGGAGGACUACAAGGUUACGUUCAACAAGGAAAAGCGCGAGUUCAAAGCAACGGUCCAUUUUACUUCGAUUGAUGCGGCCAUCAAGACCUAUGAGUACUUCUUGAAACGCAUUCUGGUGGAAAAAAUGGAUAGGGAUCACGACGACGUGGAUUUAGUUGUGGACGCUAAAGUUACGGCUAUAAAUUUCCACAAAGACCGUUGUGACCGUACUGACUUGGAGAAGCGCCCUCAGAGUAGCAUUCCUCGAAGUAUGAUGUCAGAAACGUCGCUAUCGAGCAAUUCUCCCCAUCCUCUUCGGGAAGAGGUAACUAUCAAUGAAAAAACCAAAAAUGUGACUUCGGAGGACUCAGUUCAGAAUGCCGAUACCACCCUGCUGGAAUCUGCGGGACCGGUUGAUGGUGAUUUGACAUUUGAAGAUUCGCAAGAUCUUCACAUUUCCCCUCCAGGAUCCCCCAUAUUUAGGAAUGAAGGUGUCAUUCUCACUCCUCAGUCCACCGCUGCAUCGGAAACUCACCUGUACAAUAGAAAUCCAGUCAGAACCCACGGUUCCGCACCAUUCCCUUAUAAUCCCGAUCCCUUCAAUAUCGGUAAUAGAACUAUUUACUUGGGUAACCUUCAUCCAAGUUCCACUAUUGAAGAGAUUGCUAAUAACGUACGUGCUGGAGGACUAGUUGAGUCGAUUAAUUAUCGCCCCGAGAAACGUGUGUGUUUUAUUACAUUUGUGGACCCUAACAUUGCUCUCAAGUUUUACUUGAAUCAUCAAGUAUUGCAUCAGCUUAUUAUACAUGGAUAUGACAUUACAGUUGGCUGGGCCAAGAAUCAUUCUGGUCCCUUGAGCAGAGAAGUUUCGUUGGCGGUGACUGCUGGGGCAUCUAGAAAUGUCUAUAUUGGGUUCAAGCUGAAAAGGGAUGAUAUGGACCCGACAUUAAGCACCAAAAUUGAUCCGGAGAAUCAAGUGCCAUUGCCAAGCGAGGAACAAUUGCGAGCAGAUUUCUCCAAGUUUGGUGAUUUGGAGCAGAUCAACUUUUAUCACAACCGCGAUUGUGGGUUCUUAAACUUCUUGAAUAUUAUUGAUGCUAUUCAUUUGGUCGAGAUGUUUGAAUCUCAAGAUAUAGAGAAGAUCAACAGCAUUGCUCAAGAUGAGGGCCAGUUUUACGAAAGGUAUGGAAAAUUCAAAAUAAGUUUUGCAAAGGACAGAUGUGGAAAUCCUCCAAAGUUUAGCUACAAGAAGAGAUCAAGAAGACGUGAGAGAAUUGAUUUCACCUACAAUGGCGAAGAAUUGCCAAUUAUUGGAGAAAGAUCGUCAAGAGCAGGGAAUGAGAUUUUCCGUGAAAAUGGCAUUGAUAUCAGUGAAUCGAACCAAAAAAUUCCCAAGGAAGCAGCUAUGGUAUUUGGAAUUACUAGCAAGGAUAGUGAUUCCGAGAAAGAAACUUUUAAUGAGCCGGAUUUGCCUGCUGUCAAGGGCUUACUGCUUGGUGGAGAAUCUAGUGACGAAAAAGGCGUCGAUUCCACAAAACAGGCGUUUGAGGGAGAUUCCAAGCAUGAUGGGAAAGCUGGAAAGGAACAUAAAAUUACAAUUGAAGAAGAAGAAAAAGCUUACGAAGAGGAGGAAGACGACGAGGAAGAGGAGGAAGACGAUGAUGUUUCCAUCAUUAUAGGAUCUGAUGACACUGCUUCCACUACGGCUAACAAUAGCAACAAGGAGGACACAAAAAGGUCAAGUUAUUUCAAGAACAAAACAAACACCAAUGUCAGAAAGCCAUAUCGCAACCUUUCGAGUUCUUCCCUCAACUCGCAGGGCCACUAUCAUAAACCCUACGAGCCUCAUUAUAGCAAGUUCCCUCCUGCUCCAUAUCACCACCAACAGCCACACCAUUACUAUAUGCCUCCGCAAGGCCCUCCACGCAUGAAUUACGGUUACUAUCCUCCUACGCCGGCGCCAAUGCCUCCGCAGUAUCCUCAAUAUCCUGCUUCUCGAGGACAGUAUUCUUCUUCAGGAUCGCAAGUUAUGGCGCAGUACCUAGCCAAAGCUCAACAUGACAAUUUGCUUUAUGCAGCUAGCGUUCUUUCUCAUGAUUACGAUUUUGAAGGAGACUAUAAUUAUGGUCGUUAG